AUGAGAAUCAUAUCCUCUAUAACCCAUCCUCUGGGCAGCCUACUCAUUCUGAGCUUGUCAGCAUUCGGUCUCGCCUCAGCCUUUGGCUUCGAUUUGGCACUGCACGGGCUAUAUCGCAACUUAGAACGUCGCAGUCUCCCGGGUUCUCUUGCGCUUGCUCCAACAGAUGCGGUAGGAAAGUACCAGCCUCCACCAGGACCGGUGAUUUACGGGCCUUCACCUGCGGCAGUUUCAUCACCUUCGACACCGGAAGAUACAGAUGAGAAUGAAACCACACAUGAGUCAAAUCGAGCAAUGGCGGCAACAGACGACUCUGCAGACUCCAACGAGUCACACCUGCGUAUUCCCUCUGUGUCGGAAAUGGAUGCAAUGAUAGUCAAAACCCAGACUGGAUUAGGAAGGAAAAAUGCGGCAGGUUCACUGGCAGGAAUUAUAGUGUCCAUACUUGUGGUGCUCUAUCUGUAA